AGUUAUAGUAACGAUUAGUAGGAAAAAGGUGGUAAUCAAUGCAAAGCUGAACAAAUUAGCGUUUUCACCAAAGAUGGAGCAACAAAAAGAGAAGAUAAAAGUCUCCAAAAGACAAAGAACACAAUUAACUUUGUCAUUUCCUCUGGAUCUAACCUCAGAGAUACUCUUAAGGCUGCCUGAGAAAUCUGUUGCGAGGUUUCGUUGCGUGUCGAAGCUUUGGUUAUCAAUCACCACGGAUCCGUAUUUCAUCCGCUUGUUCGAAACAAGGUACCCACGGCCGAGUCUUUUGCUUUGCUUCACUGAAUAUGACAAGUUGUUUGUUUCCUUGAUUCCACAAUAUCAUCAUUCGCUUCAGGGCUCGAACAAGUCUUACUCUUGUUCUCAUCGUCUUGAUCUUUAUCAAUUUCAAUUCCAGUUAUAUCCUAACGUACCCCCUACGGAAACUGUCCAAGGCUUGUUUUGCUUUCAACAAUCAGCAAGUACCCCGAUAGUUUGUAACCCUAGCACGAGACAGAUCUUAACUUUAUCCAAACCUAGAAUGAGCUGGGAGAAUCUAACCAUCUUUUUAGGAUACGAUCCGGUUGAAUGUAAACACAAAGUAAUGUGCAUGCCUUUCAGAAGAAGUUCUGAUGUGUGUCGUGUGUUAACAUUGGGAUCUGCUGAAGAAUCAUGGAGAACAGUCAAAACUAAACCUAAACAUCGUUCUGACAGUCAUACAUCUGGGCAAUGCAUCAAGGGGGUUGUAUAUUAUAUAGCCUAUGUUUAUCGUACCAGUGUUUGGGUUAUAAUGAGCUUUGAUGUCAGAUCUGAAAAGUUUGGUAUGAUUCAGUUACCAUCAGAUGUUAUGAUGAAUCCGAUCAUAGCUUACGAAGGGAGGUUAGCUUUUGUUAGAAGAGAGACUAAGAAGGAUGCUAAACUGACAUUGCGCAUUUUGGAAGAUCCGGAGAAACGCAAGUGGUCGAGUAAAGGCUUUCUUGCACCUGUUUGGUACAAAGAUGAGAGUUUGAGUACUUAUUUUUACGUAAGAGGUAUCACUCAUGCUGGUGAGUUUAUUUAUGUACCUGACACGUAUCACAAGUCGUCUUAUAUUUUAUUUUGUGAUCCGGUGAGGAGCAGCUUCAGAAGAUUCGAACUUGGAGGAAUCAUGGAAGACAAAGCUGUGGUCAAUACUUUAUAUUUUCACAAGCUCCAUGCUUUCCCGAAUCACGUUGAGAAUCAAAUGUCUUUGUAACAAAUUUCUUGCGGUUUUUCUUUUCCUUGGCAUUAUGACACUUAUCUUAUGCAAGUUUAUGAUUU